CAGUUGAAAGAGUGGCGCGAGAAGUCGCAGGGAAUUAAUUUGAUAGCACGUAUUGAUGGCUCUCAAGAAGUCAUCACUCUCACUGGAAUCCAGUGAGAGUGACUCUGAGGAGUUGCCAACAUUUGCCUUUCUAAAGAAGGAACCAUCUUCAGCAAAGAGAAGACACCCUCAGAGGGAGGAGAAGAUUGUAGUGGUUGACACUUCAGAUUCUGAGGCUUCCUGUCCUUCAUCACCACGGUUGAAAGAUCCAUCACCUGUUCCAGACACGGCCGCAACUGUCAUACAAACCGAGCCAGUCAGGGUGCUAAGCAGUGGAAGUGAAGAUGAGGAGGAAUUUGUUCCCCUGGCUGAGAGGCUUACAUGUAAGUUUUUGACCCACAAGCAGCUGAGCCCCAAGGACUCUAGCUCCCCAGUUAAAAGUAUUGUAGAUCAUCAAAAUUAUGAAGGAGCAUUAUGUGACUGGAAAAAACAGCCCUUUCCAAAGAUCCCUGAUGUUCCCCUCUGUGACACCUCAGAGAGGCGUGCAUUAAAUAACAAAGACCUUUUGGUAGACAAUCCAUGCCAUCAGCUUCCAGCCUACCAAGGUACCUGCCCUGUCCAGAGCAACAGCUGGACAGUAAUCAAAACGAAUGCUGAGGACGCCCUGCCUCAGAAGAGAACCAAGCGUAGUCAGAAGGUCCGGAAGAAAGGCUCACAGGGAUGCCAGCAGCGGGGACAAGCAAGCCAGAAGGAAAGCACCCUGAGACAACAGGAAAGGAAGAAGAAGGCAGCACUGGUUAAUGGGCUGAAAGCUCAGAGGCCAGAGGAAUGCUUAAAGCACAUCGUUGUGGUGCUGGAUCCAGUGCUGUUACAGAUGGGAGGUGGGGGCCAGCUCCUCGGAGCACUGCAGUCCAUGGAAUGCUGCUGUGUGAUUGAGGCACAGGCCGUGCCUCACAGCAUCACCUGGAGGAGGAGGGCUGGGCCAGCCGAGGAUGGAGAGGAGGGCUGGGUGGAGGAGCCGAUGGUCCUGGUGCUGCUCCUGGCAGAGGCGUUUGUGUCCAUGAUCUGCAACUUCAAGCAGGGAAGUCUGGGCAGCACCGAGAAAGGGAAGGAAACACUUCGGAGCUUUGUAACUGACGUCACAGCAAGGACAGCGGGGAAAGCUCUGUCCCUGGUGAUUGUGGAUCAGGAGAAGAGCUUCAGUGCUCCGAAUCCUCCAAGGAGAAGGAAACAGGGAGUGGCAAAUAGAGAACAGGCCAAGGAGAAGCAGCAGCAGAGACAACCAGAGGCCAACACAAGGCCCCUGGUGUCCAGGGUAGACGUGGAAGAGGCACUGGUGGAUCUGCAGCUACACACACAGGCACAGGCUCGAGUUGUGCAGAGCUGGAAAGAGCUGGCUGACUUCGCAUGCACGUUCACAAAGGCUGUGGCUGAGGCGCCCUUCAAGAAGCUCCGAGAUCAAACUAAUUUCUCCUUCUGCCUGGAGAGUGACUGGGCUGGAGGGGCAAAGGUGGACCGCGCUGGCAGAGGACUUGCACUGGUCUGGAGGAGACAGAUCCAGCAGUUGAACCGCGUCAGCCUGGAAAUGGCCAGUGCUGUUAUGGAUGCCUAUCCUUCCCCACAGCUCCUGGUCCAGGCUUAUCGGCGGUGUUUUUCGGAGCAAGAACGCCAGAAUUUGCUUGCAGACAUACAGGUGCGCCGUGGGGAAGGUGUGACAUCCACCUCCCGCCGAGUUGGACCAGAGCUGUCCAGGCGUAUCUACCUUCAGAUGAGCACUCUGCAGCCAGAUCUCUCUUUAGACACUGCAGACUGAUGCUAGCCCUCAAGGACAAGGAUAGACAGCUGGAGACGUCCGCCUCACCCAGCUCAGAACAUGACUACAAAGCAGAGAUUGGAAGCGCCUCCCGAACCCAAGGCUGGGUCAGGCCAACAGACUCUUCCUGGGUGUCGUUCUGUGUGAAAGUCUCCCUACCUGUCAACUUGGGGCAGAAGGCUGAGAUACUUGCAUGUACUUCACCAGCAUUUAAUGUGCCUCUCCUAGCAAAAAUCAGCUGCCAUGUAUAAACCACCCCUACCCCUGCCCCAGCCAGCCCUCAAAAUACAAAGGAACAAAGACAGACCACUCAGACACAUAUUUAAUAAUUGUAGAAAUCCAAAAGAACCUCAGCAUCAAAUCUCAAGAUCAUGAGUGAACUGCCCUUGGUGGGCUGGCUUACCCAGGCUGGGUGUGCUCCAGCCUUCCUCACCCACUGGAGCUGCCUCGACCAGCCAGGGAACAGGGGUGCAAUCACUAUGCUGACUUCUGUAUUCUCUCAGUCUCAUUUUAUGUACUCUGUGUUUAGAUUCAAUAAAGCAUUUGUACCAAUGGCUCUGGAGCUUGGAGGAAGACUA